AUGUCUUGUUUGGACUGUUCCUGUAUUCUGCGUACGCCAGUUGAAGCACUCAGACCAGAAGAGCUAUCUCAGAGCAGCAUCAGUGAAUGCCUGGCUGAUUCUGAUCUAGCCUGGAUCUCCCCAUCUACAGGAAGGAAUGAUACGGUAUUUUGCUCUCCUAAUGUCUCUCACUAUGAACUCCAGCUGGAAAUAGGAAGGAGGUUCAACAACUUAACUUCAGUCUACCUUGCACGGCACACGCCUACAGGCAUGCGAGUUGCUGUAAGGAUCACAGACCUAGAAAAUUGCUCUGAAGAGCAUUUGAAAGCCUUACAGAAUGAGGUGGUUUUAUCCCACUUUUUCCAGCAUCCCAAUGUAAUGACAUUUUGGACAGUGUUUACAGCUGGUAGUUGGCUUUGGGUCAUCUCCCCUUUCAUGGCCUAUGGUUCAGCUAGACAUCUGCUGAAGACUUACUUUCCUGAAGGCAUGAGUGAAGCUUUGAUACGGAACAUUCUGUUUGGUGCAAUCAGAGGAUUAAAUUACAUGCACCAGAAUGGCUACAUUCACAGGAGUAUUAAAGCUAGCCACAUUCUGAUUUCAGGGGAUGGGCUGGUUUCUCUCUCAGGCUUAAACAGCCUCUACAGUUUAGUUAACAACGGACAAAAGUCAAAGGUGGUAUAUGAUUUCCCACAGUUUAGUACAUCUGUCCUUCCUUGGCUGAGUCCUGAACUACUGAGACAGGAUUUGUCUGGGUAUAACAUGAAGUCUGACAUUUACAGUGUGGGAAUUACAGCAUGUGAAUUAGCAAAUGGACAUGUUCCAUUUCAAGAUAUGCCUCCCACUCAGAUGCUGCUGCAAAAGCUGAAAGGUCCUGCAUAUUGUCCUUGGGAUAUAAAUAGCUUUCCCUGUGGGGAAUCCAGGAUGAAGAAUUCCCGAUCAGGUGUUGAUUCUGGAAUUGGUGAAAGCAUGACACACACAAUGACCAGUGAAAGACUACAAAUUCCAUGUUCCAAAACAUUCUCACCUGCAUUCCACAACUUGGUAGAACUCUGCUUGCAACAGGACCCUGAGAAAAGGCCAUCAGCAAGCAGUUUGCUUUCACAUACGUUCUUCAAACAGAUAAAAGAACAAACACAGAAUUCACUACUGUCUCUAUUACCACCUCCUACUCAAAAUAACAGAUCAGAGUUUUUGGCACUGCCCUCAACAGCAGUUGGGACUGAAUUUGGACAUGUUACUGCAAAUCAAGAUGAUACAGACUGGGAAUUCUAAAGAAAUACUAAACAAUCAUACCUCUCGUGUUUCAAAGAAGAAAAAUGUGAUUUGACUUUGCUGCUUUAGUUAUAUGGUUACGAUACAAUUACGCAAGGUAUACUUGAAAUGCCAUUGAAGUGGCCAUAUUUCAUUAACUAUGCCCUUGAUUGGCAUAAUGAAGUGCAGUGUGCCUUACUUUCUGACUGUAAGGAAAUCUAGAGAAUAGCUGAAU